GCGAAGGCGGCGCCGCCCCAGCCGUGGACGGUGCUCCGCUGGGCCCCCUUGCAGGCCCCAUGGAGGCGGCGGCGGGCGGGGGCUGCGGCUCCGGGCCGGCGCUGCUGCUGAGCGAGGGCGAGCAGCAGUGCUACUCUGAGCUCUUCGCGCGCUGCGCCGGCGCCGCAGGCGGGGGCCCCGGGGCCGGGCCCCCUGAGGCCGCCAGGGCCGCCCCUGGCGCGGCCACCGCAGCCGCGGGCCCCGUGGCCGACCUGUUCCGGGCGUCGCAGCUGCCCGCCGAGACGCUGCACCAGAUCACAGAACUGUGUGGUGCCAAGCGGAUUGGUUAUUUUGGUCCAACACAGUUUUACGUUGCCUUGAAAUUAAUUGCUGCAGCACAGUCUGGCCUCCCUGUGCGGAUGGAGAGUAUUAAAUGUGAAUUGCCGCUGCCUCGCUUUAUGAUGUCAAAGACGGAUGGUGAGAUACGAUUUGGGAACCCAGCUGAGCUGCAUGGAACUAAGGUUCAGAUUCCAUAUUUAAUCACGGAAAAAAAUACCUUCAAAAGAGUGGACGAUGAGGAUAAGCAGCAGGAAACACAGUCUCCCACGAUGUCACCCCUCGCUUCCCCUCCUUCUUCCCCGCCUCAUUACCAGAGGGUGCCCUUGAGCCAUGGCUACAGCAAACUGCGGAGCAGCACAGAGCAGAUGCAUCCAGCUCCUUAUGAAGCUCGACAGCCCCUUGUCCAGCCUGAGGGAGCCUCAUCGGGGGGCCCAGGAGCCAAGCCCCCUCGGCAUCAGGCUUCCCUUAUCCGGUCCUUUUCAGUGGAGAGAGAACCACAGGAUAACAACAGUAAUUACCUGGACGAACCCUGGAGGAUAACAGAAGAGCAGCGCGAGUAUUAUGUCAAUCAGUUCCGAUCCCUUCAGCCUGACCCAAGUUCCUUCAUUUCAGGUUCUGUGGCCAAGAACUUCUUCACCAAAUCAAAGCUUUCCAUUCCAGAACUCUCCUAUAUAUGGGAACUGAGUGAUGCCGACUGUGAUGGAGCCCUGACCCUGCCUGAGUUCUGUGCUGCGUUUCACCUCAUUGUGGCCCGGAAGAACGGCUACCCACUGCCCGAGGGCCUGCCUCCAACUCUGCAGCCAGAGUACCUGCAAGCAGCCUUUCCUAAGCCCAAGUGGGAGUGUGCGUUAUUUGAUUCUUAUUCUGAGUCAAUGCCAGCAAACCAACAACCCCGGGACUUGAGUCGGAUGGAGAAGCUAUCUAUUAAAGACAUGGCUGACUUUCCUGUCCCUACCCAAGAUGUGACUGGUGAUGACAAACAAGCUUUGAAAAGUACUGUGGAUGAAGCCUUACCAAAGGACAUGUCCGAGGAUCCAGCCACUCCUAAGGAUUCCAACAAUCUCAAAGCAAGACCAAGAUCCAGAUCUUACUCUAGCACCUCCAUAGAAGAGGCCAUGAAAAGGGGCGAGGACCCUCCCACCCCGCCACCGCGGCCACAGAAAACCCAUUCCAGAGCCUCCUCCUUGGAUCUGAAUAAAGUCUUCCAGCCCAGUGUGCCAGCCACUAAAUCAGGAUUGUUACCUCCACCACCUGCGCUCCCUCCGAGACCUUGCCCAUUACAGUCUGAACAAGCGUCCGAGGCCGAGUUACACUCCCAGCUCAACAGAGCCCCCUCCCAAGCUGCAGAAAGUAGUCCAACAAAGAAGGACAUACCAUAUUCUCAGCCCCCAUCAAAGCCCAUCCGUAGGAAAUUCCGACCUGAAAAUCAAGCUACAGAAAACCAAGAGCCUUCUCCCACUGUAGGCGGGCCAGCUGUAGCAACCGUGAAACCCCAUCCAACAGUCCAAAAACAGUCUUCCAGACAGAAGAAGGCUAUUCAAACUGCUAUCCGCAAAAAUAAAGAGGCAAACGCAGUGCUGGCCCGCUUGAACAGUGAACUCCAGCAGCAGCUCAAGGAGGUUCAUCAAGAACGGAUUGCAUUGGAAAACCAAUUGGAACAACUUCGUCCAGUCACUGUGUUGUGACUCCCAAGAUUCAAGUAACAGUGGGUGACCUUUUCUGCCAAGGUCUUUCCUUUGAAUGUUUCAACCCAACUACUUGUCAUAGAUGUCUGAGACUGUGUCAAGAGCUGUGAGCAGUGGAAUAUAAUCCAUAUCACCUUUUCUCUUGUACUUCGCUUGUACGUUUUACUGUGGUAGAAAAAAUACAACUGAUUAUCACACUUGAAAUUGUAAUUAUCAGUGGAAUUUAUCUCCCAUUCUUAAGUACUUCAUCAAGGUGUUAGAUGUUGCUCCUUACCAAAAGCCAGUCUUCUAGCAAAUAAAAACAAUUUAGAGAAUUAUUUAUUUAAAGAAUUUAUGAUUUGUACAAAACCUUAUAACUCAGUACCUUCAGGAUGCUUGUUUUAUUUUUGUAUGUAUAUCACUUACAGUAGGUUGGUUUCCUGAAUAAUUGAGAUUCCAACUGGAUAGUCUUUGGCAUGAUGAGAAUAAAAACUAAAAGCAAAAGCAUCAGAUUUAGACUGGCACUGUGCCCUCCACCACUAUAUGCCAAAAAUUGCUUCUCUAGUGCCAUUUUGAUGUUAUAUCUAGCUAUAAGUAAUACAUGACUGUUGUUUUCUAUUGAAUGGCAAAGACUUAUUGGGUCUUUACUCCUCCAUAGAGUGAAAGUUUUGUCAAUGAUAUAUUUAACUUGGCCCAUCUAGACCAUCAACCUAGAUAACUCAUUCCUUUCAUGUAAAUUUUUGGGCAAGAGAAAUCUGCUUUAACUGCCUCACCCAAUCAAAUUAAAUAAAUAGUUGCCAGAUCUCUACUCUUACCCUGCAUGGGAUAACAUAUCUGUAAAUGCAUGAAUUUGGAAACCACUCAUCAGAUAUGAAAGGCUGAUGAGACUGUUUGGACUGGUAAAUAUUUGUUGUUGAACCCAGGCAUUGAAACAGAGGAAGAAGGGGAAAUGGUUGUUACUAGCAAUCCAACAAUCUCUCGUAGUUAUUUUUGUCUUUGUUAUUUUAACCUGGAUUAUGAGUGUAUUGGGUAUGAAGAAAUAAUGAAAGCAAGCUGAUCCUCACACUAGAUAUACGACUAUUUUGUUCUCUGUAAAGUGUACCCUUGGGUAGUGAUUGGUUUAUGUACAGUCCAGAGGAGCCCAACUGACUCCAGUGUUAAGUCAUGUUAAAUAGUAAACUCAAAUUACAGAAGCUAUUAUCCUAUAGAAAUUUAGAUAGCAACUGCUUCUCCUGAAAGCUCAAGUUGAAAGUGGGCAUUGCCUGACCCUCACAGGGAUCAGGGCACACCAGCUUUAACAUCACUUCGAGAGACUGAUGGCGGGAAAUGCUGUCUCUUGUGCAUUUUACUAAUUUACCCAUUCUUAGGACAGAGGGGCUGGGUGUGCCUAAGGUCCUUUUUGAAGUGGUUUAGGAUAGGUUUGCAGUAUGUGGGAUUAAGCCUUUGAUUUCAGUAGAGUUGACGGCUUUUAGAAAAAAUAGGCGUUUAUUUAAUGCUUCCUUAUUCCAUUGGCAAGCUUUAUCAGUAGCUUAAUGGCAGAAGAGAAAGGCUCAAACAGAGGAUGUUUUUCCAAAGAAAAACAAAUAGUUGAUUCUAUUCUAUACAUAUUAAAGGAUUUUGAAUUGAUUUGAUUUUGGAAAUCACAAAACUUGAACUAUUUCUCUAUUGUCCUUUUCCUUCCCUUUUGGCUGCCUUGUUUUUGUCCCCAUGGGAAGGGUUUGGAGUCAGUUUAAACCCUUCCUAAGAUUACGAAUGGGUCAGUGCAGAUUUUUUAGGUAACCUGUUUUCCCAUGUUCUGAGCUCUGGGGGCUGCAACAAAUUUUAUCAACAGUGUCCUUGUUGCAGACAUUUCACAGCAUGUUUGCCUUUUGUUACAUUCGAUCCAGGAAAGACUGGCAUAUGCACUUUAUCUCAUAAUCUUCCAGUCCAUAUGCACUCACUCGAGAUAGCACUUCAUAUCCAUUAAGCAGACAUACAAACUAAGGAAUGUUAGUCUAUAUUAUGCAUUUUAAAAAUAUUGACAUGAUUUUUCCCCCAUCAAGCCAAUGCCAGAGUGAGCCAAAUUAGGAGGUUUGAGUUUCGUUUAGUUGGCUUGGUUUUCAUUAAAGGAAAAAACUUGCAUUGGACAAUCAAAGCCCCAUGAGGUGCAUAGUCUCACCAAUGUUUUGUUUUUCUUUUUGUGAGGAAGAUCAGCCCUGAGCUAACACCGGUGCUAAUCCUCCUCUUUUUGCUGAGGAAGACCGGCUCUGAGCUAACAUCUAUUGCCAAUCUUCCUCCUUUUUUUUUUCCCCAAAGCCCCAGUAGAUAGUUGUAUGUCAUAGUUGCACAUCCUUCUAGUUGCUGUGUGUGGGACGCGGCUUCAGCAUGGCCGGAGAAGCGGUGCGUCAGUGCGCGCCCGGGAUCCGAACCCGGGCCACCAGUAGCGGAGCGCGCGCACUUAUCCGCUAAGCCACGGGGCCGGCCCUCACCAAUGUUUUAAGAUAGGCGUUGCGUUAAAGUACACACCAAUAAUCUCUAUACCCACCCUUCUUGACUGGACUUAAUAGUGACCACAGUUUAUUAGUUGCUUAGAAGUGGAUUUUUAGAAAACAACUAAAUACACUCACACACACACACAUAUAUACAUACAUACACACUUCUCAUUAUUAUUACCUAACUGCUCAUGCUCUAUUUCUGUUUUCUUAGGAUGUGCACGGAGAUUAGCCCUGUGCUAACAUCUGCCAA